UAUCGUGCUUCUAUCAAAACAUGAUAUAACCUAAAAAAAUGUCGAGGAGUACAUUUCUUAAACGUAUUUUGCCACAAAUUAAUUUAAGUGCAUCAUACGCAAAUCAUAAUGGUUUAUAUCCAAAACUACCAAUAACUACAACAAAAAGAGUAGGAACAAAAAUAUGGAGACCUAUGAUUUUACCACAGCCGGGAAAAGGAAAUCAAGCUUUUCGACGCAUUGUACAUUUCAAAGAUCACUAUACAAUUGAACCACUAAAUGUUACAAAUCUUGCUGGAAGGGAUCCUAAUACUGGUAGAUUAAUUUGCAAAGGUAUCGGUGGAGGAAUUAAACACAAGUUUCAUCAAGUCAAAUGGUUGAGAGAUGGUCCAAAUGAAGGUCCACCAAAGGAGGAGAAGGUUUUGAAAAUUUUUAAAGAUGGUUGCCGAACAGCCGAUAUGGCUCUUGUUGGCUCUGGAAAUGAACUCAAAUAUAUAAUAGCAUCAGUUAAUAUGAAAGAAGGUGAUAUUAUUAGAACGUCACGUCACAUUCCUCGAAUGCCAGUUAAGCCACAGGAAGGGGAUGCACAUCCUCUUGGUGCACUUCCAAUAGGCACUGAAGUUCAUUGCGUUGAAAAAUAUCCUGGGAAAGGUUGUUUUUUUCUAAGUGCCGCUGGUGUCAAGGGCGUUAUUUUACGAAAGGAUAAUGAUGAUCGAGUUGUCGUUCGAAUGCCCGGUAAACGACCGAUAGAAUUUAGUUUCGAGAAAGAGUGUCUCGCCGUGGUUGGUCAAGUGUCAAAUGUAACACAUGCCUCAACACCCAUUGGCAGUGCACAACGAAAUCGUGAAUUAGGCAACAGGCCGAGAAGUGGUCUCAAACAGAAGAAAACCGGUCGUCAUGGACGAAAAAUCAGACCCAUGAAACCUGUAAGAAAAGUUCAAUUACGCAAAGAGGUUCCAUUUUUUAGAUAUCAAUUUUCUAUGCCCGGAUAUAAUUAUAUUCCAGAAAAUACUAUGUAAUUUUUAUUAUCAAUGUACACCCACAUUGAAUUAGAAUAUAUUCAUAUUUUAAU